UCGUUUAGGAUCAUAGAAUAGUUGGAAAUAGAUCGCAAUACUUACAAUGAAGGUCCUAUUUGUACUUGCUUUGGCAACUUUUGCCUACGCUAAAGCUGAAAGUAACCCUCAAGCCGCCCAUACAGCUUUCGGGUAUAUAAAGAACUACGCAAUUCCAUUGGCCGAAACAAUUCGUAAAGCCGAAGAACAGGCACAAAUCAACGCCAGUGGUAGCAGAAUUAUUGGUGGCGACCCUUCACCUCUUGGUGCUUUCCCAUACCAGGCUGGUCUCCUGGCAUCCUACGCUGGUAUAUCUGGUAACGGUAUUUGCGGAGGCUCGCUUGUCAGUGCUAACAGGGUUCUUACCGCUGCGCAUUGCUGGUUUGAUGGAGAAUACCAAGCAUUCAUGUUCACGGUCGUUCUCGGCUCAACAACCCUCUUUGCGGGUGGAACUAGGGUAGCUACUAGUGCUGUAGCUGUGCAUCCCAACUGGAACCCAUCAAACGCACGCAACGAUGUUGCUGUGAUCUAUCUACCUAAUAACGUCGCUUUCUCAAACGUAAUUGCACCUAUCGCUCUUCCUUCUGGAUCUCAACUCAAUGAAGACUUCGCCGGUGAAACUGCGAUUGCCUCCGGCUUUGGUAAAAUUGGCGACAACAUCAACAUCACAUCCAGCCAGUUUUUGAGCCACGUCAGCUUAAGUGUGAUCACUAACUCCGUCUGCCGUUUUGCCUUCCCCUUGUUUCUGCACUCUUCAAACAUCUGCACCAGUGGAAUUGGUGGUCCUGGUACAUGCCAAGGUGACUCUGGCGGUCCUUUGGUUGUCAACAGGAACGGUCAACCUCUUUUGGUUGGUAUCACCUCUUUCGGUUCUCCUCUUGGUUGCGAGUCUAGCAUGCCCGCUGCUUACGCUCGUGUGACAUCUUUCAUGGACUUCAUCAAUCAACACCUUAGAUAAUUUGUGAAUACCUUGACAAAUUGACUUGUAAAUAA